AUGGACUCGGAGGAAGACCUUGACGCACUGGUCUCUGCCCAAGUGGGGAUGCCGCAUGCAGAGGCGGCGGCGGCGCUGCACGCGCCCGGCAGCGACGAGGAGCUCGACGCGCUCAUUCACGAGGCACUGACAGGGGCGUCGGUAACGCCAGACGAUGGGGCGAAGGCCGCCGCGGUGGGGGUGGGGAAAAGGGUGGAAGAGUCAGUGCUGCAUGCUCCCAUGGCGGGGGCCGGGCGUGCACCGUCACCAGAUAGCAGCGACGCUGACGGUGAGGCAGUGCUGCAAGCUGUUUUGGCGGGUUGUGGGAUACCGGCCCCGAAAGGCCUUGCGACGCCGCUGCCGCGGCGGCACGAGCCACCGCCUGCUCGGCGGAACCAGCUGCAGGCCAAGGGAGCCGCAGGCGAUGAAGACGAAACUAUUGUGAUGGAGACCCUCCUGCAUCUCGCCUCCGCUCCGCCAGAGCUGGUUUCCAAGCGCCGGCGGCAGGGCGAUGAGGCCACGCCGCAGGAAACGCCAAACAAAAAACCACCAACACAAGCAACAGUACCAAUGUCGUCCGCAGCAAAGGAUGCUACUAGUGGCAAUAGCGGCACCACCACCACCGCAUUGGCCGCGGUUAAUGGAACUGGUGCAAUCUCGCACGCCGUGUCGGCAAGCACAAGCUACACCCAAGUUCCUGUACGUUCGCCUGCCGCUCCAGGAAGUGGAGAAGGCCCUCUCCCCCUUGAGACGACGUCCCUUGACGCGCCAGACAUGGAAGACGAGAAGCAAAUUCUUACUGCAAUACUAAAUGCGGUUCACGAUCGCCAGUCAAGCGUGAGCGGGGAUUUGGUGUAUGGCGAGGGCGACGACGAUGUGGAUGCCGUGUUGCAGCACGCCGAGCACAUUGCGGCAUCGUCGCUUCGUGAGGAAAAAGGUCACGUGAACCGCAUUUUGCAUUUGCAUGAGCACAUUGAAAUGCGUGAGGAAUUACGAAAAGCUCGAGGAUCUGUGGGGUGGCCUACCUGCGUCUCUGCACGAGCCGCCCCGGUGGUGAUUGCAGUGGAGUCUCCAGACGUUUCUGCACCGGCGCUAUCAGCAUCAGCAGCAAAGCGGCCUAUGUUAUGCAUUGGCACCACCCUUGGUAUUCUGCUGCUCUUUGACGCAAGGAGGAAACUCUGCGGCAUGUGUGGCUCAAUUGCGGUUUCCUCCGUGGCAACGCGAGGCGCCGUUGUUUCACUCUCCAUGUCAUUUGAUGCGUCCACUGUGUUGUCCGGGCAUGAGCACGGGGCCCUGGUGCUCUGGGACACAGACACCCUCACCCCACUCCGUGAAAUUUUGGACGAGUUCACUGCGCCCACCUCGCGAUUGCAGCACUGCUACAUGGAACCCUUGAAGGCGGUUUUACUCACCAACUGCGGUCGCGUGAAGCUGCUUUCCUUUACGCGCAUCCUCUCCAAAACGAUUUAUCGUCUGACACAUAUCACCGCCUCCGUCCAAGAGGCACCAUUCAAAGAUAUGGAUAUUGCAUUUGUGAAAGAGGAUGGGUUGUACUUGGUGGCGGCGGUGUCUGCCGAUACAUUACUCGUCUCUGCGCUGGAGUGCGGUCUAACGAGCGUCGCAACGCCCAUCAGCCGAAGAGCGCAACCCUCCACGACACUGUGGACGCAACAAUUGGUACAGUUUCUGCCAGUUUCAGUGGAAAAUGGGGUUGUUCUGUGUGUCGCCUGGGGCGUGGAUCUCGAGACCUUUAGCGUCGCAGUCGGAGGCAAGCUGACAAGCCUGCAUCGUCUAACUAGUGUUUCUCUCGAGAGGCCAUUGCAUGCAAUGAGCCCUAUUACAGACGGCUGCCUGCUUCUUCUUGACCAGAAAGAUGUACUACACCUACUGGAUGCAGGCGUCGGCGUUAUUGUGGAAACACGCGUCCUACAUAGUGUUGAACCCGUUGGUUUCCCCAGUGGAAGCCGUGGUAUGCGGCACGGUGCUGCUCUUGUUUUUACGGGCAAUGAAGCCAUUUUAUUGGGUCGACGUCGUACCUUUACGUGUACGCUGCUAUCGUGGCAAGCCCGCCUGGAUGCGCUGGUGGAGAGGCGGCGCUUCCCUGAGGCUCUGGAGCUUGCCAAGGCGUUUGCGCUUGAGGUGGCACUGGCCGUUGUAGGCCUCCAUGGCGACUCGGCCACGCGGCGCGCAAACAUCCACUCUUAUUCCUUUGAUCUCAUUACAUCCUACCUGAUGGAUGCCACAAGCAGACAUUUCUCGCCACAGGAACUCACGGAUUGCAUUACAUCCAUCAUUCGGUUUUGUGCAGAGAUUGAUGCCAUGGAUGUGUUUUUUGGCCCCGCCAUGGACUUCCUUCGGCGUGACGCCGCGACGUACUCUCUUGCCUUCUAUUGCCUUGAGAAAUGCAUCCUCUCCGGUGUCGUGACGGCGCUGCCGGAUAUGUACGUUCAACCGUUUUUCGACUUUUUUACCAAUGCAGCGCUGCCGGAGAGGACGGAAACAGCGCAUGGGGCAGGCGAUGCGGCAACGUCAGUUGGACUGCAGAGGGUGGAACGGGCUCUGAUGUGCCUGGAGAGCAACCCUGAACUCCUGAUGCGUAUCGCGGAGCGGCACAACUUGGUGCGGCUGGCUGUUUCUAUCUUGUCGUCCGGGCAGCACCGGUACGUGGCGGCGCUGCGUUUUGCCCUUGCGAAGGACUACGACAAGGGAGUGGCGGUGUGUUUUUUUGAGAGCACUAUGGAGGGGUAUGCGCUCUCGGGGGACGCGGAGCUUCCCGGCGGUCAGCGGCAAGCGGCGCAGCGGCAACUGUGGCGUCACCUGUUGACCGUCACGGAGGACUUUCUGGCGCUUCUUCGCACGGACCCCGAACGGACCCUCUCUGCGACGCUGCUGUCGCUGCAGGAAGGUGGACCCGAUUCCCCUUGGGGGGAGACGUUGCCGAAGCAGCGGUGUGUCACGCAGUUGUUUCUGCUGCUGGUGGGUCUAGACGUGUCAUCUGGCGCCCCGCACAGACCGUGGGAACUGGCACGACGGGCGUGGCCGCCGCAUUCGGUCGUGCAUCAACUCUUCACUGGCGUCACCCACCUUGUCCUGAGCGGGUCCCUGGUGCUGCCGCACCUGCAACAAUUUUGCGAGCAUGCGUGUUCGCAUUUUAUCUACGAAUUUCAAAUCGCCGAGAACGAUGGCGAACGCCGCAGCGUGCAAAGUGAUGUGGCGGCGCUUAUAACGGAUCCAAUCACCGCGGCCGUGAAUUUUUCAUUUGCAGAGGAGGAGUUGCGCCAACAACGCAUGGCCCGUGCCUUGGCGGCUCUGCACUGCGCCCGGUGGGAGUAUGGCGAGGCAAUUGACUGCUACCUGGACAAGGAUAAUAAUGUGACGGAUCCGGAGCUGUGCAAAGAUGUCUUUCGCGUGCUUAGAGAGGAAAUGAUUCGCAGCCUCCACUGCGGCGAUGGCGCGAUGGCGCAGCGCCUGCGAGAUGCGGUGAUGCAUCGAAUCUCGCGCCUGGUAAACGUGGAUGCGACGUCGCUGGCGCAGUUCGUCCUGGAGCACCUCCAGGGAGAGCACGAGGACGUGAUGAACAUCCUCCGCCGCUCCAGCGGGACCUUCCUCCGCUACCUGGACGAGUUGGUCGCGAAGGGCGACCCGAUGGUCUCGGGUGACCUCAAGCUGCAGAACACGUACAUUGAGCUGCUGUGCGCCCACGACCCGGCGCGCGUCUACUCCUACCUGCACUCGCACGACUCGCUCGUCACCUACGACCUGCACCUCGUGCUGGAGGCGGUGAAGCGGCACAGGAUCGCGGAUGCCGCCGUGUUUCUGCUCGAAAAAACGCUCAUGAUCGACGAGGCGAUGGAGAUCCUCUUGGGGGCCGUCGCCGAAAAACUGCGUGCGCUGCGGCAGGAGGUGCUAAAUUACGUUGUUUCCGUGUCCAGGAAGGGCGCCUCCCCCCCGUCCGCGCCGUUGACGUCGCCGCAUAAACGCGAUGUGUGGAGGACGGGGACGACGGCCGUGGCGGAGGGAAUACGCGGGGGCGAAGAAACGGGCGAGGGCGAACAACAGCAUUUCCAUGGUUGGGCGGGAGAAGAGCCACUGCAGCAGGUGUUGAGAGUGGGUGUGGAUUUGUGUAGCAAGUACAAUGAGGAUCGCGGCUCGCCGUUGGAGGAGAAUUGGUUUCGCCUGUUGGAGCUCUUUACGCGGCCGCGUCGUCUUUUGUGUGAUCGACAGAAUCAGCACAACGCCGCCUUGAGGUCGGCCUCGGACACGGUGGAUGGAUUCGCCGACGACGAGCUUGCUGCGGCGCCCGCCCCCGGUGGCAGCCCAUUCCCUCUCCUCUCAGGCCCCCUCUCGGCCUCGGGUGUGAUGUUUCUGGAGCAAAUGAUUGCCAUUUACACAAAGUAUGUCUCCUUUCUACUCACCCAGAUGAUAAAAGUGCUGGAACUUUCCUCGGUCGUCUGCCGCAUCGUCGAGGACCACGAGCGUGAGCGGUUUGGGCCCUUCAAGCCUGUCAUUGUGGACAUCAUGUCCUCACUGAGCUUCGAGCUGGAGGUCAAUCGUCUCUGCAAGACCUCCAUUGACGAGGACAUCAUGGCGCUCGGAACGGAGCUUCACCGAGGCCUGAAUCGAGGCGUGGUUUCCCUCUCCGAUGCGUGCUACAUCUGCCAAGGAGGCCUUGCCGAGGUACGUGGGGACGAGGGGGAAGCGUCGGUGCGGAUAUUUGCAUGCGGCCACGGCUACCACGAAGAGUGCGCCAUGGGCUUUGAAGGCGGGGCGGCGUGUGCGCUGUGCUGCCAGGAACGAGGCGGGGAGCGCCACCGCGUCGCCCUGCGAGUCCCACCCGACGGCACAAGAGGGCACACGAGGAAACCCAGACCGACGACGGAGCGGAGCGCGGACGGCGUGGGCGGAGGCGGGGCAAACCGUGAGGAGGCGCAACCGGCGCUGCUGCGGCAACGCGAGGAGGAAGCGCGGGAGGAGGCGCAACUUUCACGGGUCCUGCGGAGGUUGCGGCACACGCGGGCGAAGCUCGACGGGGCGAGGGGCUACUCCGACCUCCUUUGCAGUUUUCUUCGCCCGGGCGGCCUCGCCGCGCCACCGCAAGAGCUGCUGAAGGGGCCCGCGGAGAAGAAGCUGCUCGCGCCUGCGCCGCCGUUUCCCGUCAGCCUCGGAGAAUUUGCUGCGGAGCCGCUGGAAUUCGGCACCGCCUUGACGGCGGGCCUGACAGACGAGGAGCUGCUCGAGAUAUUCGGGGCACAAGAAGGCGACGACGACGACGACGAUGGAGCGAUAUCGCUUGGGGAUGGGGUGGACUUUCACCUUGACGUCUCGCACUGA